AAUAACUUAGUUAGUAAGAGAAGAGAAAUAAAUCAUCUUGUGUGUGUUUGUGAAGAGAGUGGGCAGAGUUUGAUGAAGUAGCAGCCAGCUAUUUGUUUCUUCAUCCCUUCCAAUUUCACCUCUCACUCUCACUCCCACAACCCACCACUCUCUCUCAUUCCCAUUUAUAUUUACUCAAAUCAACCUAAAAAUCCCCCACCCCCUUUCUCUUCCAUUUCCAUUAUGGGCUACGGCAGGCUCAACGAAUCCGACCCCGGCGGCACUUCCUCCGCCGCCUUCCAACUCUCCGACCACCCCAUUUCAUUUCCCACCCCUAGUCGAAGCAGAGCACAACUUUUCCUUAUUUCCCUUCUCUCCCUCCUUCUCAUCGUCGCCGCCGCCGUCUCCGCCACGUUUCUCAUCGGCAUCCGAACCGCCUCCCCGGCUCGAUCCGACCGAAAUCUCCCUCGCAAACCGACUCAGGCUAUUUCCAAAGCUUGUAGCCGAACUCGCUUCCCGAGUCUCUGUGUCAACUCCCUCCUCGAUUUCCCUGGUUCUCUCAACGCCAACGAACAAGAUCUCGUCCACAUUUCCUUCAAUAUCACUCUUCAGCAUCUCAACAAAGCUCUCUAUUUGUCCUCUGAGAUUUCCUCUCUUCAAAUGGAUCUUCGUGUUCGUUCCGCUUACGAUGCUUGUCUUGAACUCCUUGACGAUUCCGUCGACGCUCUUACGCGUUCCUUACAGUCCGUCGCGCCAUCUUCCUCAUCCGGUACACCACAGCGCCUUGGCUCAUCCGAAGACGUCAUUACCUGGCUUAGCGCUGCCCUUACUAAUCAAGACACAUGUACGGACGGAUUCUCUGAGCUCUCCGGUACUGUCAAAAACCAAAUGGCUGAUAAACUUCACAAUUUGUCCGAACUCGUUAGCAAUUGCUUGGCGCUGUUUUCCGGUAGUGAAACGAGCGAUUUCUCCGGAGUGCCGAUUCAGAACAAACGACGGUUGAUGAACGCCGGAGACAACGAGGAUACUUCCGGUAACUUCCCCGGGUGGAUGAGUCGGAGAGAGAGGAGGUUACUGACGUUGCCGGUGGGAGCGUUACAAGCCGAUAUUGUGGUUUCUCAGAACGGUAACGGAACGGUGAAGACGAUCGCCGAAGCGAUCAAAAAGGCGCCGCAGUACAGUAGUAGAAGGACGAUCAUAUACGUGAUGGCAGGAAGGUACGAAGAGAAGAAUCUGAAAGUGGGGAGAAAGAAAACGAACCUCAUGUUUGUUGGAGAUGGCAAGGGUAAAACUGUCAUUUCGGGUGCUAAAAGUAUCUUUGAUAAUGUGACAACUUUUCACACGGCGUCGUUUGCGGCUACCGGCGCCGGUAUAAUCUUGAGGGACAUGACAUUUGAGAAUUGGGCUGGACCGGGGCGACACCAGGCGGUUGCGCUUCGAGUCGGCGCCGACCAUGCAGUGGUGUACCGCUGCAACAUAAUCGGGUAUCAAGACACUCUCUACGUUCAUUCGAACCGUCAAUUUUACAGAGAGUGCGACAUUUACGGGACGGUGGAUUUCAUCUUCGGGAAUGCGGCGGUGGUGUUUCAGAACUGCAGCAUUUACGCUCGAAAGGCAAUGGCGCUUCAAAAGAACACAAUCACGGCCCAAAACCGGAAAGAUCCGAAUCAGAACACCGGAAUUUCAAUCCACGCCUGCCGGAUUUUGGCCACCUCCGAUCUAGCAUCGUCCAACAGCUCUAACCCGACGUAUCUGGGCCGUCCGUGGAAAUUAUACUCUAGAGUCGUGUAUAUGUUAUCGUACAUAGGGAGCCACGUGCAUCCACGCGGUUGGUUGGAGUGGAACGCCACGUUUGCAUUGGACACGUUGUAUUACGGUGAGUAUAUGAAUUAUGGGCCGGGUGGGGCGGUGGGCCAGAGGGUGACGUGGCCUGGGUAUCGUGUCAUAACGUCCACGGUGGAGGCGAGUAAGUUCACGGUGGCUCAGUUCAUUUACGGCUCCUCGUGGUUGCCGUCCACCGGAGUUGCAUUCCUCGGAGGGCUAAAUGUGUAAUUUCGCUAAUUGUAUUAUAUAUAAGGUGGUAAUAAAGAAAGGAGGAGGAAAAGAAAAAAAAAAAACGUUGGUAAAUCCACGAUAAGGUAAAAAAGGUGGGUAAAAAGUGUCGGCAUAAAACACCAUAUAAUUUAAUUGUGAACAUUUUUUUUAAAUUAUUCGUGAAUGUAUGGAUAGUAAUUUAUGUUCUAUUCUUUUUUCCUCUUAAUUGUAUUGUAACUGAAUAUUAUCUGAUUUUUUAUAAUAUUAUUAAUAACGCAU